AUGUCUAUCCCGUGCCGUCCGGCUGCCAGAUUGGCCAUUCAUUCCCUGCGACAGUGCCCGAGGGCUUCCCUGAUCGCACUCCGAGCGACUCGUACCUACCACUCCUACGAUCACCCAGAUCCUACUAUGACCUCCCGCCCCCACGAAUCGACGAUCCUCUCCGCCGCGUAUCAGCAUGUGCCGGAGCAUGGCUUCUCACAAAGGGCCCUCGCCCUCGGCGCCAAGGACGCCGGAUACCUUGACAUUAGCGCCAGUGUGCUGCCGGACGGUCCUUUCAGCUUGAUCCGCUACCAUCUCCAGACAAAACGCGAAGGCCUGGCCACCAAGAACCAGCAAAUAUUCGGAGAGAGCUCGCAAGCUGGUGUCAGCGAAAAGGUGGAACUUCUCACAUGGGAGCGUUUACUAGAAAACAAAGCCAUCAUCAACCGGUGGCAAGAGGCUUUGGCAAUCAUGGCGCAACCAGGCUAUGUGCCUGCUUCUCUUAAGGAACUAGCCAAGUUGGUUGAUGAGAUCUGGUUCCUUUCCGGUGAUACUUCUGUCGACCCCUCGUGGUAUACCAAGCGCGCAAGCCUAUCCAUGAUCUACGCGUCGAGCGAGCUAUUCAUGACCAACGACAAUUCGGCCGGUUUCAAAGACACCAGAGACUUCCUGCGACGGCGAUUUAGUGAGGUUAAGGAAGCUGGCGGUGUCAUGGGUUCUUUAGGACAGUGGGUUGGCUUCACAGCUAGCGCGGGCGUCAACGUCCUGAGGAGCAAGGGAAUUCGAAUCUAG